UCCCAUUGAGAUGGCAUGGGGAAUGAGGCAUGGCGUAGCAGGUGACUGAAAGUUAGGGAUAUAUUAAUACGAGCUUCAAGUCUAAUGUCGAUGGAGGAAGAAAGAGAAGGAAGGAAUUGAAGAUUAAAGAAGAGAUGGGAACAAUUUACAACAUUUCCUUAUUUAGAGUAACACCACCAUUCCAAACCAUCUCUUUCUUUCACCACACAAAUUCUCUGUCCAAACUUUCUAUGUAGUUUUGCUUAGUUUGGUUUUAUAUAAACACCAUCUUUGCAUUGACUCAGUGUGAGUUCACGUCUAGCGUUGAUUCUAACUCGUUCGUCCCUAAAGAUCUUCUGAUAUCUCUCGAUUCUUUUGGUCCUUUGAUUUCGAGUUUCUGGGUGGGUAGAGCAACAUGGAUUCUCAGGUCUGGGUUGCUCUGGCGCUCUCACUCGUUGGGGGACUCAGUACUUCCUUAGGUGCACUUUUUGUGAUUCUUAAUCCGACUCCCAAUUUGAAGAUGCUUGGACUUCUUCAGGGUUUUGCUGCAGGUCUAAUGUUGAGCAUAUCAUUCCUAGAUUUGGCUCACAAUGCAAUAAACUCAAUUGGCUUUCUGAAAGGAAACCUAUGGUUUUUUUCAGGUGUUAUUUUCUUUGCUCUGAUUGCUAAUUUUAUUCCAGAGCCAUCACUCGCUCCUGUUCCAAGUAGGAAAGAUAAAAAGAAAAAUGGGGACGAAGGGGGCAAGGAUAUCAUGAAAAAGCAUCGUCGUCAAGUCUUAUACAGUGGGAUUGUGACAGCAAUAGGCAUAAGCUUGCACAAUUUUCCAGAAGGAAUGGCAGUGUUCCUUGGAUCUAUGAAGGGUCUUCGUGUUGGGGUCAACUUGGCGCUGGCUAUUGCUUUGCACAACAUCCCAGAGGGUGUGGCCGUUGCACUUCCUGUUUACUUUGCAACACAAAGCAAGUGGCAGGCAUUCAAAUUGGCAACCCUUUCUGGUUUUGCUGAACCGUUGGGUGUUAUAAUUGUGGCGUAUCUAUUCCCAAGCAGCUUGAAUCCUGAAAUUCUUGAAGGCCUUCUUGGAGCAGUUGGUGGAGUGAUGGCUUUUCUAACUCUGCAUGAGAUGCUUCCAUUGGCGUUUGACUAUGCGGGGCAAAAGCAAUCUAUAAAGGCGGUGUUCUUGGGAAUGGCUUUCAUGUCAGCAAGCUUAUAUUUUCUUGAAAUCAGCUUGCCCAAGGAGAUGAGCUUAUAGAGUUUGAUCAAUUUGUAUCAGGAUUCUACAUUGUACAUGUAUAUUAUUCUCAGCUGGUGUCUGCAUUUUGCUCACCGGCAUUAAAUAAACUUGCAUUGAUAUGAUA